AUUUGAACGAAGUCGCAGUGGACCCCUUAUUACCCGAGAUAAUCAGUGUGAAAAAAUGCCCUUCUGAAAACCACUGAUUUUUCAAACAGCUCUACCACGAAAACGACAAUUCCGAGAGAGGCGAGAUAUACCUCGUUGAACUCGUAAUGAAGCAAGGAUUCGAUGGGUACCAUACUCGUCAAAAAUCCAGAUGUGUUGAAUUUGUCCUCCAUACAAAUUAUUCGAAGAUUUCGCGAUAUCACUCUUAAAUCACUGACGUUUUGAAGCCCAAUUUAAGAGAAUACCGUCAGUUCAGAUUCGCCUUCACAGCUAAUGCAAAGGUAUGCAAAAAAUACCACUCAACAACACAAGCAAACUUAGUGAAAGGAAAUAAAUUUUAAAAUUGCAUAAAUGAAGAAAAUAUUUAUUUUGUGUGGACGACUGAAUUAGUCGAGUCUCAGCUGUUAUUUCAGCAAUAAAUAUUUAUUGGCAAAAAAAAUUGUUUUAGAUAUGUAACGAUUCAACUAUGGAAAAAUUUAAAUAAAAUAAUAAAAUCAUUUAAAAAAAAGCUUUAAAAACACCAACCAUAUGACGUGAUAUUUUAAUAACGAUAAAGUGAUUAAAUAUGUUCGAUAUACCACCGAAAUGUCCGGCAUUGGCUGAUAAAAUAACUGGAAUAUUCGGAUGGCGGCACACAUACAGAGUUCAUCAUAAACAGAAGGGAAUUCCUCAUACGUCCUACUUACAUAAAAGUUAUUCGUUGACUUUACCACGAAAAACGGCAUUGGACCAAGAAUCGUGGGUAAUCGUUCACCAUCUACAAACACAAUCGGGCAUCUUAGAUCCCGACGAUAAAGUAAAUGAUGUGGCAGAUGAUCGCGAACAGAUUUUAGCAAGUUUCGAAGACACGGGGCCUGAUCCCGGAGUGCCUCAAGGUGGUGGUGAUGGAGCCAGUGGUAGUUCGGUUGGUACAGGCAGUCCUGACAUAUUUCGGGUAAAUGGACCACCGGAACAGAAAUAUGAUUCCGAGAAUAAUACACCCCACAUCGAGGUUACUUCCACAAAUACUCCCAAUUCCGGAUUGUUACUACAGGUUCGGCGCAGUAGCGAUCCAUCGAUAAAUCAAAUUGGAUUGGAUCCACGUAAUCCAACAUUGAACAGUGUCAAAGAGCAGCAAGAUCCGACGAAACGAUGGUCGGCAGCGCCAGUGUGUCGUGGUGAUGACGACGAAUCGGAACGCAUGUUAUUGAUUGGAAAUGAGAAAAAAGGAUCUUUUCUGUCGCCUUCUUGGGAAAGUGAAUUAGAAGAAUCUCAACCGGAAUCGAUGACCAAUCAGUUUUCGAGAUCAGGCCGUUUAUCGAUGCAAUUCCUGGGAGACGGAAACGGUUACAAAUGGAUAGACGCUGCCGAAAAGAUUGCUUCCAAUUACAGUUCCAAAUCUCUACCCCGUGAAUCUAAGCGAAAAGAACCGUUGGGUCAAGCAUAUGAGUCAAUGCGUGAAAAGAAUGGUGAGAUGCUACUGAUUGUCAAUGAGUAUGGGGGUCCAUUAGGGCUGACAGCUAUUCCUGAUCUGGAAAAUGGUGGAUUAUUAGUACAAAACGUUGAACCCGGAAGCCGAGCUGAGCGCGGUCGAUUACGUCGUGGCGAUCGAAUAUUAGAAAUAAAUGGAAUUAAAUUGGUUGGGUUAUCGGAAGCGUCGGUUCAGAGUCAUUUGAGACAGAGUUGUUCAGCACCGGAGCUCCGAUUGAGAGUAAUACGAGGCAAUAUGUUGGUGAAACAAUUGCGCAGAGAAAUGUCCGAAAUGAUUGAAGCAGAAGAAAAACCAACCACCACAAAAGUAGCGACCGUUUCACCAACCAGAAAAAUGCCAGGUGCACAAAAUGCCACUACAUCCUUGCAAGUAGCCAAUACGAGAAAAUUAGGACGACAAAUCGAAAUAUAUCUGACUAAGGGACCGCAUGGUCUUGGAUUCAGUGUGACAACGAGAGACAAUCCUGCCGGUGGUCACUGUCCAAUUUACAUCAAGAAAAUUCUACCAAAGGGCGCUGCCAUCGAAGAUGGCGGUCUCAAGCCCGGCGAUAGGUUAUUAGAAGUUGACAAUGUACCGAUGACUGGCAAAUCACAAGGCGAAGUUGUUGGUAUUCUGCGUUCGACGAUGUCCGGGGCAACCGUGAAAAUAGUUGUGUCCCGGCAACAGGAGUUCGAAGAGAUUGACGAAAGAGAAAUCGGCUACAGUGAAAACGAACAGGACAACACAUCACCACCAAAACCACCAGCACCAGUAUUUCCACAGAAAUCUAGCCUGCGCAAACCAAAGAAAAUUGAACUAAACGAACAAAAUCUACUUGAGAAACAUAUAAUUGAAGCCGCUAGCGAUUCAACAUCGUCGAAUGACAGCGCACAAGUGUUCCCAUGGCGAAAUCGAGAAAUUCUCACUUUACACAUACCUGUUCAUGAUACGGAAAAGGCCGGUCUCGGCUUAAGCGUAAAAGGGAAAACAGGUUCCAACAAUUCAUCGGGCAGCAGUUCGAAAUCUACGAAACACGACGGUGAUCUGGGAAUAUUUGUUAAAAGUGUAUUUCAUGGCGGUGCAGCACACAAAGAUGGUCGCCUAAAAAUGAACGAUCAGCUGCUUAACGUUAACGGUAUCUCGUUACUGGGUCAAUCGAAUGCCGAAGCGAUGGAAACGUUGAGAAAGGCCCUACUGCAUACUGGUGGAAAGUAUCCCGGCAUGAUUACAUUGACGGUUUCACGACGAAUAACUCGACCAAACAGCACAAUCGAAACCUACGAAUCAAAUCACUCGAGAUCUGUAUCGAGUACAAGCGAACAGUCUGGAAAGACUGUGAUUUAUGUGAGCAACGAAAAAUUAGAGCAAAAUGGGCUGCGUAAUAAUCCAGCGGCGAAUACAAAUCGUUGGAGCAAUCCAGUGUUGGAUCGAUUAACUGGUGGCACUGGCCACAUACCACCACCAAUGCAUCAAAGACCUUCUCCUCUAAUACAAUCACAUGGCUUACGCAACGAAAGUUACUACAUGGCUACAAAUGAAACGUGGAGCCCUUCGCUGAUGAACGGAAAUAAUUCAGUUCUGAUUGAAGAGGACCCUGAGCCAACUUCUCCAACACUUCCCCAUCCCAACCAUCGCAUCGGCGAUCAUCAAGCGCCAACAUCCCCAAAAGGCGAUGUUACCUACGACAGUCAACUAUCGCUAGAAACCAAUCCUCCUGUGGAUGCAUUUAGUCGUGACGCAAUCGGACGUCGUAGUAUGUCGGAAAAGCAUCAUGCCGCUCUCGAUGCAAAGGAAACCGGCACAUACCAGAGGAAUAAAAAACUUCGCGAACAACGGGAACGCGAUCGUAAAGCCCAAGGAAAACUCGGCGCUGCAACGUCAAUGGGAUCAAUGGAAUCAAUUUCUAGCAAUGCAAACGAGAAAAGAGAUCAGCUCGGUGAGCUGGGUCCGUCAUUGGGACUGAAAAAAUCGUCAAGUCUGGAAUCGCUGCAAACAAUGGUACAAGAGAUACAAAUGUCCGAUGAGCCAAGAGUAUCAUCUUUGCGAACACCGAGAGGUCGAGGCCGAGAAGAGAGUCUACGAGCGGCUGUUGAACGUCCAACUGAAAAUAAACCACGCAAGCAUUGGUUACUGGAAGACGGACCUAGUGACACCGAAGGUGGUUUCACCAACCGAAACGGCCCAUUUCAAAGUUCGUUAAACGAAGGCAAACAUAAAUCGAGAAACAAGAAGCCCGGUCUGCUCAAAGGUAUCGGACACAUGUUUCGAUUCGGUAAGCAUCGCAAGGACGGUGUUGCGCCGGUCGACACACUCAGCGAUAUUGGACCCCAACAUCAGCAACAGCACGAUCCCAAUUUGCAGAAGUUAGCCUUACAGCAAGCGCACGCACUGAACGAUCGUCCUGUCGGUGGUCCACCCACUUAUCAACCACCUCCACCAGUGCCGAAUGGUAGCGCCAUUCAUCAUAAUGAUGUAUUCAAUCAUCGAUAUUCGCAUUAUGUCAACUAUGAUGAAUUGCAACAACAAAUCAGUCCUCAAUCCGAACGUUUGUCUGAGUCUACGAUUGCUCAAAUGCGUCAUCAAGUAAUGCAACAGAGGGUUAAAGUUGAGGAAGAAAGUCGUCGCAAUCAACACUAUCAUUCACAACGUUCCACCCGAACAUUGGACCCGAAUGGACAUCAUCAACGACCCGUUUCUAGUUAUUACGAAUACGAAACUGUGCAAAAUGGCCACGGUUCGUCCACAUUAGGCGCCCGAAAACCGAGCAUCCCAUCACCGCCAGCCAAAUGGAAUGGAACAAUUAGCGGUGGCAGUGCCAGACAUCGUGGACCGUUCGUAACGCAAGUAACAAUACGCGAACAAAAUCAUUUACCAUUGCAUCCGGCGUCGAAGGUUUGACAGAAUGGACGGAUAUUUAUUGAAUCCUCAGUGGUUUGAGGCUGGACAGAUUUGCCGAUCCGUGGAAUGAAAGAGAGAUAGAGAAAUGUCCAUUCGAUCGCAAAAGGAUUCCGUCUUUUUCUAAUUUCUAUAAAUUUGAUAGACUGCAACUUAAUUUUUAGUUUAACCGAUAAGAAAUGAGUUAUUUCGAACGAAGGUAGUGGAUGUCGGAUGAGGAUCAAAUAUUGUUUUUUUUUCUAAUUUUUUUCUUUCUUUUGCUAUCACUCCUUUUUUUAAAAUAAUAAUCAUUAGACCUCACCAAACUGGUUGCAAAUAGUUUUCCAUAACUGUUCCAGUUAGCCUAUUCGAUUUAACAAAAAGAAAACAAAAAUUGUACUUAAGCAAAAUUCAGAAAUAUUUUGUAUCUACACUAAGAUCUAUGAUAAUACGUAAAACGAGUGUGUGUUGUGUGUCUUCUUUAAUGACAUAUAAAUUACGAAAUGUAAAAAAAAA